AUGGGCGUGUAUUCCAGGUACGCUUUCAAGGAUUUGAAGAGGUGGAACGCUGCUGGUCAAAGUCGGGAAGGGGCACGCGAAGCGCACAGAGCCUGCCUCCAAAAGACGGGUUGGUUCAAAGCGCCGGGGCGACAUUCGCCGGCCACGGCGCUAGCCAUCAAGCUUUCCAGCCUGAGGAACAGCGACAACCGGAAAACCAUUGGUCAUUGCAAUGGGUUGCCAAUUACAUGUGGGUGGACGUGCGGCCUUUACCACGUGUUGGCGAUGAACCUGUGGCUAGUUGCGGAUUACAGUGACUGGUGUGGCUAA